AUGAACAGCACUCGCCGGCAAAGUUACUAACGACCACUUAGGUUUUUAUCAGAGAGACUGAGAACAAAAUACGAAUAAGAAAGUCUGCGUCCAGCUGUUAUAGCAACACGAGCUGCCACCGGCCAGAUGAAGCUGUUUGUAAGUGAAGGCAACCCGCAUUGCCUGAAAGUGUUAGCUGCGCUGGAAGUGACAGGAGCUCAGUGCGAAGUUCUGUACGUCAACCACGAAGAGAAAGUGGUGCCUUUCCUUAGCCGUCCAUCCUUGCCAGCUCUGCUCCUGCCCAGUGGGCAGCAUCUUUUCAGCUCUAAUGCCAUUUGCAGAUACUUCUUUGAAGCAAAUGGACAAGAAUGCAACAAUCUCUGUAAUCAGUGGCUUGAAUGGGAGACCACAGUUCUUCAGCCUGCGUUGUUACAAACGCUUCACAUGGCAGUGCUGCAGGGAAAAGGUUCAGAGGUGUCCAGUGUUCUUCAAAGUCCCUUAAACUUUUUGGACCAAAGUUUGAGCAAGGGGAACAUGUUGUAUUUUACUGGGGAAGCUGUUUCUGUUGCUGACGUUGUUUUGUGGGGGGCACUACACCCUGUUUUAUCUGACUCCUCUUUAGCCUUGAGUGAGCACACGUCGGUUAGGGCUUGGUUUGACCGUGUGGCUGCCUUGCACAGUUGUCAGUCUGCUGCUCAAACGGUGCUUCAGGGAAAAGGCCUGCAGGCCAUGAAGAGCUACAUGCAGAAGCAACCUGCGCCUCAGAGCAGCCAGUGCAGAGACACACAGCCAUGCAACAGCAGCCCUGCUGAGUGUGAGGAGGGUGAGCGGGAUGUUUCUGAGGAGGAGAUGGAAGCAGCUGUUCUCACCUGGAGGAAAAGUCUGAACACCUCACUGACAACAAACACACACCCCAUUUUGCCCCAGGAGGGCAAGCGAAACGUCCUUGUGACCAGCGCUUUGCCAUAUGUCAACAAUGUUCCUCACCUUGGAAACAUCAUUGGCUGCGUUCUCAGUGCUGAUGUCUUCUCCAGGUAUGGCCGUCUGCGAGGCUGGAACAUGCUGUUUGUGUGUGGCACAGAUGAGUACGGCACAGCUACAGAGAACAAAGCCAGAGAAGAGGGCCUGACACCUCAACAGAUCUGCGACAAGUACCACACAGUUCACUCCAGCAUCUACAAAUGGUUCCAGAUUGACUUUGACUUUUUCGGCAGAACCACCACAGAGAAGCAGACCGAAAUAGCUCAGAACAUUUUUUGGCGACUCCACAAGAACCAGUUCCUUGUAGAAGAGACAGUGGAGCAGCUACGGUGUGAGACAUGUCAGCGUUUCCUGGCUGACCGCUUUGUAGAAGGCAUGUGUCCCCACUGCAGCUAUCCCGAAGCUCGCGGUGAUCAGUGUGAUAAGUGUGGGCGCCUCAUUAACGCAGUGGAGCUCAGGGAACCUCAGUGUAAAGUCUGUAGACAAACUCCGGUAAUCCGUUCCUCCAAACAUCUUUUCCUGAACCUCCCUAAGCUUGAAUCUCAGUUGGAGCAGUGGCUAGAGAAAUCAACCAGUUCAGGAGAUUGGACGGCGAACGCCAAACAGAUCACUCGCUCCUGGAUUAGAGAUGGACUCAAACCUCGCUGCAUCACCAGGGAUCUGCAGUGGGGAACACCAGUACCUCACCCUGACUUCAAAGAGAAGGUGUUCUAUGUGUGGUUUGAUGCCCCCAUUGGUUACCUGUCCAUUACUGCCAACUACACCAAUGAAUGGGAAAAGUGGUGGAAGAAUCCUCAUCAGGUGGAGCUGUAUAACUUCAUGGCCAAAGACAACGUGCCGUUCCACAGCGUGGUAUUUCCCUGCUCUCUACUGGGAGCUCAGGACAACUACACACUGGUCAACCACCUAAUCGCCACAGAAUAUCUGAAUUAUGAGGACACAAAGUUCUCCAAGAGUCGUGGUGUGGGUGUGUUUGGUGACAUGGCGAAGGACACGGGCAUCCCAUCGGACGUGUGGCGGUUCUAUCUGCUGUACGUGCGUCCUGAAGGGCAAGAUUCAGCUUUCUCUUGGGCUGACAUGGCUCUGAAGAACAACUCUGAGCUGCUCAACAACCUGGGAAAUUUCAUCAACAGAGCUGGCGUGUUUGUUACCAAGUUCUUUGAGGGAUGUGUGCCUGUGAUGGAUCUGCAGCGGGAAGAUAAAAAGCUUUUGGCUCUGGUGGGUUGGGAGCUGCAGCAGUACAUCCAGCUUAUGGACAAAGUCAGGAUCCGCGAUGCCCUGAAACACAUCCUGAACAUUUCCCGUCAUGGCAACCAGUACAUUCAGGUUAAUGAACCCUGGAAGAAGAUCAAAGGAGGAGAGCUGGAAAGGCAGCGUGCCGGCACUGUGACUGGCGUUUCUGUGAAUAUUUCCUGCUUGCUGUCAGUGAUGUUGUUUCCUUAUAUGCCAGCGGUCAGCCAGACCAUCAGGGAUCAACUCAACGCUCCUCAGUCUUGUAUCAAUACCAUGCUGAAAGGCACCGGAACCUUUGUGUGUGCUCUGAGCGCAGGCCACCGCAUUGGCACUGUCAGUCCGUUAUUUCAGAAACUGGAGGCUGACCAGAUCGAAGCUUUGAAGAAACGAUUUGGUGGACAGCAGAAAACGCUUCAGAACAACGCCAGUGCUCAACCUGCUGCUGCAGCUGCUCCUGCUGUUGAUGUCAACGCAACAACGGUGGCUGGAGUGGACCCGGAGAAAGCCAAGCAGCUCACACAAGCUGUGGCUGAGCAGGGGGACAAGGUUCGAGCACUGAAAGUCCAGAAGGCGGAGAAGGACGUGGUCGCAGCAGAGGUGUCCAAACUUUUGGAUCUUAAGAAACAACUAGCUCUCGCUGAGGGGAAGAGCCCUGAGCCUGCACCUCAGAAGGGCAAGAAGAAGUGAGACAGGGAAAAAGGGAAAUCAAAACUAAAGGUUAGUCAGAGGAAAGAAGGAACAGAAUGGUUUUGAGUACGACAGAGAAUGGGAACAAGAUGUACACCGUGAGAUGAGGGUAUUAGCUUAAGGCAAAGCCGUGACAGGAUCUUAGACAAUGUGGUGUUGGCAGCAAGGACUAAUGAAAUGCUGGAUAGGCCGGCGGGGAAAUAAAAACACAAAGAGACAGUCAAAUGAAUACAGCUACAGAAUGGAGGGAUUUUUCCAAAUCCCUCCACCAAAAGAAACUGAUUUUAUACUCCCCCUGUGAUAGUCAGCGUACCAUAUCAGCA